GAUGUGAAAGAACAUGCUUCUUAGGAAGUUAAAAGAGAAAGAGGGGAAACUAGAAGAAGAAAAGAGGAAGCAGGAUAGUUGCUGUGAGAACGAUAAUGACUAGUGAACUGAAGAUAGCAGCUGUGAAUACUUCAGCUCAACUUUCUUGAGGCUAAGCUGGGCAUCACAAAAAGAACAAAUCCCUUUUUCAAGUAAAGCUGUUAGUUUUAUUUAGCUAUUUGAUGUGCUUUCUGAAAAGAUCAUCACAUGUACUUUUCUGCUUUUUUGGACUUUCCAGAGGACAUACCACAUAACAAGACAUAACAAUCAUAGAGGAAGAACACACACACGCACAUAUACACAUACACGCACACACAGUUUCCACUCCUGUCAGCCAAGAGCAAGAAUCCGAGGCUACGGUCCAGUGUGGUCAUGAUAGGUUCUGUUUAAAGGAGUGAAGUCUGCUCCCACAUUUAUAGAAAAUGGAGGUUUUCACCAUCCUCAUGGUGCUUCAGGCUCUAGUCCUAUGUCAAGCUAAAAUGUCCAUAAAUCAGGCCUCCACUCCAUGCUCCUGGGCUGUCUCUACUGGAGAAAAUCAGAGUUUGGCUAUUUUCACGAAUCAGUCCCUGACACCGCUUGCUACUCGGAUCUGUCAGGCCCUCGGCUGUGGUAAAGUCCACAAGUUAAAUGCAAGUCCUGCACAUGGAAAUACAAGCUGUUUCACCGGCUGCAGCUACUACAACAGCGAACUGAUCAACUGCACUACGGUUCAUAGCGCAAACUGCAGCAUUCUUUCCGAGGUUGUUUGUGAUGCUCCUUACAUAACCCCAACAAGUAAGUCCUGCAGCUGGAGCAUAAAGUCUCCAACACCUAAAUCAGCAGUCAUUCUAAGCCAGGAGUUCAUGCACAGAGUGUCUGAAGAAAUAUGUCAGAAUUUCAACUGUGGAAAAGCCUUUGUGCAGAACAGCAUUGAAGCACCACCCAACAGUACUUGUCUAACUGAUUGCAUCUACCACAAUUCCUAUUUGCGAAACUGUUCCACCGUCGUUGGUAAUGGAUGCUCAGAAAUGUCUGAAAUCAUCUGCGGUAACCACAAAGUCAGAUUGUCAGGAGGCAGCCAUAAGUGUGCUGGACGUGUGGAGGUGUGGAGUGAUGGACAAUGGGGCACGGUGUGUGACGAUGAGUGGGAUAAACAGGACGGGGAUGUGGUCUGUGCUCAGCUGAACUGCGGAUAUGCACUCUCUGUUAAUGGGCAGGGCGGCCCCUAUACCAACGGUAAAGGUCCUAUAUUCAUGGAUGAGCUGAACUGCACCGGGAAGGAGGGGAGCCUGUGGGAGUGUCCUGCAGUGAGGGAAGGUCAUGACUGUGGACAUAAAGAAGAUGCUGGAGUGGUGUGUUCAGAAUACAAGGAUCUGAGACUCACUGGUGGACUGGACCGUUGUUCAGGCAGAGUGGAAAUCCAUCGGAACGGUUCGUGGGGAACGGUGUGUGAUGAAUGCUGGGACAAGGAAGAGGCAUUCAUGGCUUGCCAAAUGUUGGGCUGUGGUGAACCAAAACAAUACACAACCUUUGAGCCACCCUUCAUACACAAAAACAACACCCGUUGGUAUUACAUGUGUAACAAAAACUCAAAAAUUCUGUGGGACUGUAAGGAGUUGGAUGCAUCUUUAAGAAAUCUGUGCCCAGACCCCAAUGCUGCAGGAGUAAUUUGUAACAACUCUCUUGGACUGCCUGAACCUACCACUGCAAAUAUAGCUACAGUCAUGGUAACAACAAUGCAAACCACGACAGAAACACCCUCAGUGUCCUUGUCUCACGAAUUGCUGGGUUGCAUUAUACUAUCCUGCAUUCUGUUGCUCGCAAUUCUCUCAAAUAUCAUCAUGUGUUGCUUUUCAAGAAAAAAAAAAAAAGCUUUUCAAGUUCAGCAGCAAUAUUCCCAUCUGCAAACCAAUACCGAAACGCAAGAGAAUAACUAUAGAGAAUCUACUCACCUUGUUAAAGUCACCAACAAUGACAACAACUCUGCCCCAUCAAUGCCACCACAAAUGUGGACUCCGAGUAGUGUUGAGAGUGCUUCCUAUGAUACAGACUAUGAAGCCAAUGACAGCGGCCUACACCGGGAUAUAUCUCUGUCCACCUUCCGCAACUCUAUGCGGCACAAUGCAGAUGGCCGAGCUCCUGUUAUGAAGGGACCAAAUUUGCAGUUUGUGACUGAGGAGGACACAGGUGCUGCAAUGCAAGGACACCUGCAAGCCCCCAUGGCAGCAUGUCAGCGCGUCUCUGCAACUCCUUCCGCCGACUCAUUUGAAACAUCCAGCACCUCGUCGGAAGAGUGUUAUGAAAAUACAGGCCACAAAACAGCAGAUCUUUAUUCAGAGAAUUACCUGGGUUAUGACCUGCAGCCUGGAAUACACAACACUCAGGACUUCAUGAACCCAACAGUUUCUUGUGAUAUGGACCCAAGUGGUGGAGACGAUUCCCCCAUUUACUCUCCUGUGAGUGAGUUAGAGCCCUUCUUACAUGACACUGAUGACGGUGGCGAGAACGAUGACUAUGAUGACGUUGGUAACUGCUUAGAAAUACACUGAGACGAACCUACUGGUGUAGUGACCUCCUUUUUUAAAUUAAUUCUGAAUUAACUAGUUAAUCAAAAGUAUUCAUUCUGAAUUAGCUAGUAAUGAAAAAAAAACCCUGAGAAUCCCAUUUUCCAUGUACAUUUCCUGCAAUUAUUUUUUUACUUUCUUUAUUAUCAUGAGUGUGUUGAAAAUGUGAAGUGUGUGUGUGUGUGUGUGUGUGUGUUAUAUUUGCACUGAAAAAAAACAAACCUCAGCACUUUUACUCUGUGCAGGUUUCUGUAUAUAACAACUGAGAGCUAUUACAAUAAGAUAAAGAAUUGAUUCCUCUUCUCUCUUUAUGAAGACUUCAUGAAAAAUAAAUUAUUAUGAAAAAUAAAUUACUUGAAGUGACGAUUCAACUCACAGCAGCUGAGACCUGACAAAGGAACCUGCUACUUUAAACCGUGUUAAUUGACAUACUUUAAAUCACAUAAAAUGUUGGCCAGUUUAACUUUUAUUUAAAAUAAUUUAAAACAUUGGAACAGGAUAAAUGUCUAAAAUGCAUUUUGUAUUGUCACAUUUCACAUGUUGAUGUAA